GACUUCGCGUGGGUCCGGAUCAUCGGAGCGGGCUCGUUUGGGCGCGUGUCCUUAGCUCGGCACUUUAGGACGAACCGUGUGGUGGCCAUAAAGACGCUUAGUAAAGUGGCGGUUAUACGGGAAAAUCAGGUUCAACACGUGUUGGACGAGCGAGCGAUGCUGAUCAUGGUUUCCGGGCACCCCUUCAUCAUCAACUUGCUAGCAACCUUCCAGGACCGGGACAAUCUUUACCUGGUAAUGGACUACGUCCCCGGCGGCGAGUUCUUCGCGCACAUGCGGGACCACGGGAGGGUGCCUGAGGAGCACGCGCGCUUCUACGUGGCGCAGAUUGUGUUGGCAUUGGAAUUCUUGCACAGCAAGGGAAUUGUAUACCGGGACCUCAAGCCGGAGAACCUGCUCAUUGGAGCCGACGGAUACAUCCGGCUGACCGACCUGGGGUUUGCGAAGAUGGUCCGCAGCCGUACAUACACCAUGUGCGGCACACCCGACUACCUCGCACCCGAAGUCAUCACUGGCAAG